AUGGCAGAUUUAGUCAAGGCCAAUAUCGAAGUCUUCAACAAGGAAGCCAAUACCUAUGAAACAGAUUUUCAAGAAGGAAUUCGAAUGCUAUGCGAAGAAACACAACGUCGCCGCCUCUGGAUUAGUUCAAAUUGGACUGACACUCCAGAGGGGCAAGGAAAAGAGCUCAAGGUUUUGGAAUACGCCUGUGGACCAGGGCACGUAUCACGGACCCUCGAGCCCUUCGUGACAAAGGCAAUCGGUCUUGAUGUCUCAGAUGGAAUGGUAGAUGAAUAUAACAAGAAAGCUCGAGAGUUUGGAAUAUCUCCUGAGAAGAUGUCAGCCACGAUUGGAAAUAUUCUUGAUGAUGAUUUGCAAGACCCCGAAUACCAGAAUUUCGACAUGGUCUUCAUCAGCAUGGCGCUCCAUCACUUCUCCGAUCCCUCGCUAGCGAUAAAGCGGUUGGUCGAAAAGCUGCGCACGGGAGGUGUGUUUUGGAUUAUCGAUCUAAUCGACGAACCUAAUGCCGAGCAUGAACACAAACAUUUCAGCCCAGAGACAGCGGCAACGGUGCAUAGACAUGGAUUUAACGUCAAGGAGGUGGAGGACAUGUUUUCGAAAGCUGGGGUUAGCAUGAAUGUGAAGGUUGAAGUUGUAGACAAGCCAUUUCAAUUCACGAGGAAAGGUCACAGUCUAAAGAAAACCAUCUUCUUUGCUAGGGGCCAGAAGCUUUAG